GUGGGAACCAAAGAGGAGGGAUCCUAUAUAGAUUUGAGAGCUCAUCCCCUCUGGGAGCAUUACAGAGAGUUGAAAAAACAAAGAGAAAUAUGAAGGAGAAAUGGUUUCGAGGGAGGACAAGAGAGCAUCACUGCAUCAGAAGCUUCAUCUUCUUCGUUCAAUCACAAAUUCUCAUGCUGUGAACAAAACAACAAUCAUAGUGGAUGCAUCAAAGUACAUUGAAGAGCUAAAGAAGAAAGUUGAAAGACUGAAUCGAGAUAUAUCAGCUGCUGCUCAAUCUUCAAAUCAUCAGAAUCCAUGGCAGGUUACAGUAGAAACCCUAGACAAGGGUUUUCUUAUCAAUGUGUUCUCAGAAAACACCUGCCCUGGUCUGCUUGUUUCUUUAUUGGAAGCCUUUGAAGAACUGGGCCUUAACAUUCUUGAAGCUAGGGUUUCUUGCACAGAUAGCUUCCGGUUACAAGCUGUUGGUGGUGAAAAUGAAGAACAAGAUGAGUCUAUUGAUGCACAAGUGGUGAAACAAGCAGUGUUGCAGGCUAUUAAGAAUUGGAGUAAAUGA